GUACUCUUCUCUCCUCUCCUCGACAGAUCUCACGAAAGAACGACUGACAGAGUCCCACAGGCAUUUAAUUGCUGUUUGCCGGCACGCGGCAACGCCUCGUCCUGGCGCUCCACGGCGCGACGUGGUGGAACGUCUUCCAAAAGGAAUCGGCUUUUCGGACCCAGGCCGAUUCCCAUGAGAGACUUGACGUAAAUAAGUGUACUGGAGGACAACGAAGGAAAUAAGAGAGGUAUGUUAGAAUGAAGAAAAAGAAGGAAGAAGAGAUGUCACUCAGGAAAUACAUAAAUCCUGGAGGACAUCGAUGGAUACCUUGAUCGUUCUACGAUUUAUAAAAAAGAAGAAUCCCACGAACGAAAAUAUGGACAAUGAAUCAUGGAUUUAAAUUGAAUAUUUCUUUAUUAUACGUGUCAAGUGUGGAUGAGAAAGAAUGAGAUUUCAUUCGUGAACGAGAAAGAACGAGAUUUCAUUCAUUUACGAACGAAUUAAAAUUAAAGGAAGAAAGCUAAAAAGAAAAAGAAGAGUUAUUCGUAGAUGUGCGUCAAGUUAAUUCGCAUAAUGAAAUAUACUAAUUUGACAUAUUGCGAUGAUCGUCGUACAAUAAAAAGAUGGAAGUACAGCAAGAUAAUAAAUAAAUUUGUUUGAGGCGAACACUUUUAACAUAUCUAUUUACAUAUCGGUCCUUAAUGGAAACAUGUGAAGCCAAGUUUCGUUAAUAAUUCUAAUCCAAAGUCACAUAUCUUCUAUUAAGAUAUUAAACACAAGGCAAGUGCAUCGAAUUGCAUUAGAAGUCGUCAUUUUCAUACGUGACAUCUUACAAUUGCCGCAUCGCGAUAUAUGUUAUCUAUCCAAACAACCUUUUUCUUCUAUCCGCUGCCAUUUAAGAAAAAAUUAAUUAGAUAAUGAUUUUAUCGAUUGUUAAUAUAUUAAAAUGAAACAAAUAGAAGAACAAUUUAUAGGAUUUAGAACGUUGAUAUAGAGAGAUGAUUUAAUUCAAUGACUUACGUUACUUUUUCUAACAUAUUAAAUGCACAGAACAUUACGUCAACAGUACAAAACAACAGGCAUUAAUGAUUCAUUAUCAAUUUUAAAGGACUAUAUAUAAUUUGAAUGAUAAUGUAUGAUCAUUAUCAAUUUUAAAGGACUUUCACUUUUUCCUAGCAAAUAAAGAAAAAGUAGAAAAUAUGCGAGAUCUGAGACAGAGCUAGAAAACAAUUGUUAACUAUGCGAAAACCAAUAUUUUGAUUCAUAUUUCACAAUGAACUGUUCGCUACACAUCAAGUUACCGAGUUAAUAUCGACAAAACGGGAGCGAGCUUCAGUGAGUUUGAAAAGAUAAAGGGAUCUAAGAAACCUGUAAUCUCAUGAAACAUAUGAUUUCCAUUCAAAUCAAUAACAUUCUCCUUGCUUUUUGGAACGCAAAAGUAUGUAUAUGUAGUAUCCAUACAUCACGAAUACUAGAAUAACAGAAAGCAGUAGACAUUGAUGAUUAAAUAUUAUCUCUUCAAUUUGAAAGGAUUUAAAACACCUAUCGACGUUACGAUAAUGCUACAUCGAAAGCAAUGUAUAUCUUCAAUACUGUAUUACAUUCUAAAUGUUCAAAAUUGGCCGGCAAAUACGUCCGAUCUGGUAUGCGUAAUAAUCUUUUUCCAAACGUGGCAGUACAUCAUGGUGGGAAAAUCGUGCAAAAUAAUGUACGUAAAACCGCCAGUUCUGUAUUCGAAUCUAGAAAAAAAAAAAGUGUCUUUCGAUUACGAAGAUGGCUAAUCGGCAUAUUGAUUUUCCUACUAAUGUCAUUAGUAAUUAUUAACAGUUUCGCUACUGGACAGUUUCGUAUAAUUAAUUUCGGUAAUAUCGAAAAGGAAAAUUUAGAAGAUAAUAAUUAUGAACAGACUAUUACGUCAAGCGUUGAUUCUGGUUAUCUAGUAAGCACUAGUGGUUGCAAAAUACCAGCUGUAGAACCGUUCGAUCGAGCGAUUAUGCGUUUCAUACAAAAGGAAAAGCCUAUCGUAUGUAAAGCUGGAACAAUACCACCGCUGAUAGAAUCUAAUAACUCUCUGGUAUAUGUAAAUCCGCUCUCGCAAAUGCUUUACUAUAACAAAUCAACGGAUAUUAUUAAUUGCUGUUGGAAUGCGUUUGAACGCAAAAAAAACAACGAUAAUGCUAAUAUAUACAACGACGAGUGUUACUUCUUCAGUAAAGACAACCAAGUGACGGCGGAAUUUGUAAAAGUCGAAUGUUGGCGAGGAAACGAUAAAAUAUACAAAGAUUAUCACGCCUUUGUACCUCGAAAACCGGAUGUAGAGGAAAGAUGCAAAAAGGUGAAGAAAACAAAUCCCGUUGAAAAUCAACUGAGCAUCCUGGUGAUAGGUAUUGACUCGGUUUCAAGAUUAAACUUUCGUCGAAGUAUGCCAAAAACUGUGAAAAUUCUGGAAGAUUUAAAAGCAGCAGAGAUGUUGGGUUAUACUAAAGUAGCCGAUAAUACGUAUCCAAAUUUGGUAACUGUAUUGUCCGGUCUAAAUACAGCAGAGUUGAAAAAACUCUGUUGGCAGCACGAGAAGAAGACUUUCGACGAAUGCCCGUUUAUCUGGAAAACCAUGAGCUCUGCUGGCUAUCGAACGAUAUUCGGCGAGGAUGCUUGUCACAUGAGCAUCUUCAAUUAUUUAAAGCCAGGAUUUAAGAUACAACCAACGGACUAUUAUCUGCGACCUUUCUGUAUCGAAAGCGAAAACAAUAUCGGUAAUACCAACAAAUUGAACGCAAAUCUUUGUGUUGGAACAAGAUUAACAUUUGAGAAUCUUCUCAAUUACAUCGAAAAAGUAGCAACAACGUUUGCGAAUGACCUUUAUUUUGCAUUUACCUGGAUGGCCAGUUUAACCCACGAUUAUUUGAAUUUUGCGCAAUUGGGCGAUGAGGGCUAUUCCAGGUUACUUGAUGUCCUCUCGAAAAAAUAUCUACUCAACAAUACGGCCCUAAUAGUGAUGAGUGAUCAUGGUAUGAGAUUCGGACAGUUUCGUCAAACCUUUCAAGGCAAGAUGGAGGACAGUCUUCCGUUCGCAUUUUUAGCUUUACCACAAUGGUGGAGAAACAAAUAUCCGGUGGCAUGGGCUAACAUGCGAAGGAAUACGCGUAGUCUCACAACUCCAUUUGAUCUUCAUGAAACGUUUAAAGAUCUAGCAGAUCCAAGAGAAGUUGAAGAGGAAUCUUUGAGAGUACGAGCCGAUCUAAUUUCCAGUGGGAAGAUACCUCGUGGUAUAAGUUUUUUUUUACCUAUACCCAAUUAUAGAACGUGCAAUAUGGCCGGCAUACCCAACAAUCUGUGCAUGUGUCACAAAUCGAAAGAUAUAUCGCUCAACGACAUGGGAGUACAAAAUAGCGUGAAAUAUCUGAUGGAUGUGUUAAAUAAUAUGAUGGCACCAUAUAUGCUUUGCGCCAAAUUAUAUUUAAGGACGAUUAAACAAGCUAAGGUGCCGAUUAAUUCGAAUGAAUCAUCUUGGAUCGAUUAUUCGAUACAAUUUCAAACCUAUCCAGGAGAGGCCAUUUUCGAAGGUAUGGUGCGUUAUAGAAAGGACGAAAAAUCUUACUAUCUCCUCGGAACAAUAGGCAGGCUUAACGCUUACGGUAACCAAAGUGCAUGUAUGAAUGACUUUAACAUGCGCCUUUACUGUUAUUGCCUUUAGGCGUAUUACAUAUCUGAUAAACUUUAGAUCGAUGAUAUUUUGUA